ACCACCAUGGCGGCCAACCUUCCCAAGACGAUGCGAGGCCAGUUCCUCGAGGCCUUCAAGAAGCCAUAUACUUUGCGCACCGUGCCGUUACCGAAACCAACCACCCCAAACGACAUCCUUAUCAAAGUCGAUGCUGCAUCCUAUUGCCACACCGAUGCCGUCCUCGCCGAUGGACAAAUGCCCGGAUUUCCGAACUCAUUCCCACACGUUGGCUGCCACGAGUUCGCUGGAACAGUAAUCUCACUCUCCGAUUCUCCAAGCUCAGCGGCUAGCGCGUUCAAGGCUGGCGACCGCGUCGGUGUUCCUGGUCGGGCGUUUCAUGCUUGUGGGAAUUGUUUUGAAUGCCAGGGCUCGAAGGAUCCAGUAAGCCAGGACGACAAGGGUUAUUCGGUGUAUUGCACUGAUGCGGAGAAUAAUGGGAUCAGUAGAGACGGAGGGUUCUCGGAGUAUGCGAUUGUGGAUGCGCAUCAGCUGGCACCCAUUCCGGAGUCCAUGACGGCAGUGGAGACGGCGCCGCUCAUGUGUGCGGGCAUCACUAUCUACGCCGCGCUUAAGAGGUGCCAGCUACAGCCCGGCGAUCGAGUGGGUAUCAUGGGCGCUGGCGGUGGGCUCGGACAUUUAGGACUGCAAUACGCCGCUAAGAUGGGGUAUAAAGUCCUAGGCGUGGACGCCGCCGAUGGACCGCUGAAGCUUGCGAAGAACUUGAACACGGGAGCGAGGAUGGUGGAUGCGAGGUCGGAGAAGGCAGCUGAUAUUGUACAACAGCUCGGCGCUGAGGACGGAAAGAAAGACACGGACGAGAUGGGCCUUGAUGCUGUUAUCAUUUUGCCUGAGAGUCAGGCGGCUUUCGACUACGGGAUGACGCUGCUGAAGAGACAUGGAAAAUGCGUGGUCGUAUCAUUCCCGGAGAAAGGGUUCCAUAUCUCGGCGAGAGACGUGGUGUUUCGGGAUAUCUCGAUCAUUGGGAGCCUUGUUGGCAGCAACAGGAUGUUGAGGGAGAUGCUGAACUUCUCCGCCGAGCACAACGUUCGAGCGAUCGCCAAGUCGUACCCGCUGGCAAAACUGAACGAGCUUGUGGAGGAUUACCACAAGGGCGGCGGAGGAAAGCUAGUCGUAGAUAUGUCGCUUGCAGACUAG